AUGUAUGCAGCAUUCGAGCCGCAUAUUGAGCAGGCUGAGCCCCUUCGUCUUCCUACAACUGAUCUCCGUAAACCCCCUAAUCCGCAGUUCGGUGGUUCGAUACGCAGCGAGGGCAUCACGGGACCCUGUCCGCGAGAUAUAGAGGCAAUAGCGACGAGCGGACGCAGAUGUCUGAAGAAGUGUCAGACGGAUAGCGACUGCAAUGGACGAAGAAAGAAGUGCAUGUGUGAUGACAUGUGCGGUCAGAGCUGUGUUAAUCCUGUGCGAGCGUGCCCGAAGCCCAAGGAGCCGAAGAACGGGCAGAUAGAGGAGCUGUCGGAUCGACAUCACAUGUUCCUGUUCGGCACGCGCAUACAUUACAGCUGUGACCGAGGGCACUACCUCGACGGACCGCAAGUUCGCUUCUGUCAGGGCGACAAGAACUGGAGCGGCUGGGAGCCUAAGUGUCAGGCCGUGUCGUCGGGAGUCAGUCCAG